UGAAUAAAUAAAGACAGACAGAUAGAUAGAUAGGAAUAUAAAUAAUGUAAAAAAAAUGUAAUAGAAUAAAAGACUAAUAAUUAUUUGACUUUAUUUGUAUUUUAUUUGCACUUGCCUUUAUAAUCAUACUAUUAUGAAAUUAUUGCAGUUUGGAAGCAUGAGGACAUUUGUGCUGAUAAUAAGCAACUUUUUUUUAAUAAGUGCUGCACCAGUGGAUCAGCAUCAUGGCAUAGAAGCCAGAUCUGUGAGUGAAGAGGGGGGGUUGCAAGACCUAAUAACCCAGAUGAGGGACACUCUUGCGAAUGUCAACAAGCCCCCCAUCGCUGAACCAACAACAAGACCCAUAGGUAUUCAGGUACAAGAACCUUCUCCGCAGCUCCAGACAUACAUCCUCAAUCCACUGCCCCCUGCCAUCGCUCCUGCGGACCCUAAACCAGCACAGCAACCCUCUGUACCACAGAUUAACCUUUACAUCUCCGGCCUUCCUCAGCAGGACAGGCCAACAGUAGCAGAUCCUGCAAAACAAGCAUCCUUACAGCAGCCAAUGCUGGCCACUCUGGAGUCGAUGCCCGCCGUUCAAAGCCCUGCUCAGGUUGUGCCGCUUCCGGCCUCGUACAGCUCUGUUUUGCCUCAGAAUAGCAUAAUGUUGCCGCUCAGCAUGCCCUCUCAGAUGUAUCCACACAUGAUCAGUCCUCUCCAGUCCCCUCCUUUCCUCGGCCCGCAGCCCAACCCAUACUUUCAGCCUCUAAAUUCACUCCUGAGUCCUCAAAGUUUUGGUCCGUACCCUUUUUAUCCUCAGACAUAUCCUCUCAAUCCCUACAUGAACUGCAUGCCUAAUGUUGCGGUAUCACCCCCCAUCAUAUUCAGAGAGCGUGGGCAGACACUUACCACACAGGUGUGAUUUUAAAUCAGAUUGUAGCCUCUAUAUAUCACACCACCGGGCAAAUGGAUAAGUAGAUAAAAAGAGUUAAGCAUUUUUACGUCUAUGUUAUUUUAAUGCAUUUAGCUUUAGCGGUAUAGUAAAAUAACAGUCUGUUUUCUUUCAUGCCAUUUCAUUUUUAUUAUGAAUGCAAUUUUUAAUUUUGUUAUUCUGUUGUAUUUCUUCCAUUUUACAUUUUAUGUCAAUUUAGUCCAAAACACAUUUUAUAUAAUUUUCCAUUUCUUCUUUCUGUAUCAUGCAUGUUAUGUAAUAAAUGUGCUGAAUAAAUAGCUCAGCCUUGCCUGUUAGGACAGUAGUUACAAUAGUCACAAUAAAAAGGGUUUGAAAAUGUCUUCCACAUCUCU